AUGUUUGGUGGGGGGAAGAAGACAGGUUCCCCAGCGGAAGGGGCUGCGGAUGGGGGUACUAGUGGAGGUGCUGGGGCUGGCUCAGCAGGUGAUUGGGACGAGGAGGAGGAGGGUGGUGUGGGCGUGGGAGGGAGCACAGGAGGGAAUGCAGGAGUGGGUACGGAACGGGGUUUAGGAGGGGGGUUGGGGGGGGUUGUAGGAGGGGGAAUGGGAAGGAGCAGCAGGGCGGCUGGGUUUGAGGAAGGGGAGGAGGACAUGGAAAGCUGGCAGGGAACAGGGGCGGCAGCAGGUGCAACAGCAGGUGGUAAUGUGGCAGCACGUGGCAGUACCACCAGCGGCUCUAGUGGCAUGGAUGGGGGUGCGGACAGCGAUAUAGAGGAUGGUAGCAGCAGCAGCAGUUUGGGAGGGAGCGGUGGCAGUGGGAGCAGCGGGUCAGGACUGUGGUCUUGGUUUUCCAAGAAGAAGAGUGGUGGUGAUAGCAGCACAGAAAAUGAUGCUAGUGCUGACACGCCAUCAGUAGCAGGGGGAGCAAGAGCAGGGGUAGGAUCAGGAGCAGCAGCAGCAGUGCCGGGUGGGGGUGAUGCAGAUGAUUAUGAUGGGGAUGGGCAGGUGGGUGGAGGGGCAACAGCGGGGGCAGGAAGGAUGGGCGGCAUAAGGGGUAAAGGUACAGGAUUGGGUGGUUCAGGCAUGGGAAGUGCGGGAAUGGGAGGUUCGGGCAUGGGGAGUGUGGGUAUGAGAGGUUCGGGCAUGGGAGGUGCGGGCAUGGGAGGUUCGGGCAUGGGCGGCGCAGGCAUGGAUGAUGGUCCGUUGCAACGGACUGGCUCGUUUGGGGAGAGUGGGGAUGCAGAUGAAAUGGGGGGCGGCAGGGUGGGACGUGGGGUGGGCAGGAGCAGGGCGGGGAGAGUGAGGGGGCGACCAGACAUCCUCGCGUGUUCCUUCCUCAUGGCCACCACCAUGCUCGUUGCCUACAUCUCCAAGAAGCUCCAUUGGGUUUACUUUCCUGAGUCGUCGGCGGCGCUGGUGCUGGGAAUGGUGUUCGGCGUGCUGUCGCUGGUCUUGGAGGACGAUCUGGCGUUCACCUUCAGCCCGGAGAUCUUCUUCUACGGCCUCCUCCCAAUCAUCAUCUUCAACGCCGGUUACGCCUUGAAGAAGAAAGAUUUUUUCCGCAAUUUCUGGACCAUCACCCUCUUUGCUGUUGUGGGAACAAUUAUAUCCACGCUGGUGUAUGGUCUUGCCACGUACUCCCUCGUCCGAGCUGGCAUUGUGACCCACAUAACGUCAGAUUCGCCUCUCCUCGAGUCGCUCAUUUUCGGAUCGCUCAUUUCCGCCAUUGACCCUGUUGCUACCCUCUCAAUUCUGCAAGACGUACAGGCGCCAACGCUGCUCUACAAUCUGGUGUUUGGAGAGAGCCUCGUGAACGAUGCCGUCUCCAUCGUGCUCUUCCGCACCUUUGCAUCCUUCACCAACCAGGAGUUCUCCAUGGCCAGCAUCGCCACUGCGAUAGGAAUCCUCGUGUCCCUCCUCUGUGCCCUCGCCCUGCGCUUCAUCGACAUCAACAGCGAGUUCUCCAAGUUCGAGCUCUCCCUCGUUCUCGUCUCGGGCUACCUCUCCUACUCGGUCGCUGAGAUGCUCUCUCUCUCCGGCAUCAUGGCGCUCUUCUUCUGUGGCAUAUGCAAUGCACACUACGGGUACUACAACAUUUCACACGCAUCCAAGAUUAGCAGCAAGUACGCGUUUGAAGCACUCUCCUUCAUGGCAGAGAUGUUCGUCUUCGCCUACCUUGGCAUGCAGGUGGUGGUGAUGCAGCAUGUCAUCGACUGGGGCCUGCUGCUCUCCGCCAUUCCCCUCUGCCUCAUAUCCCGAGCUUUCAACGUCUUCCCUCUCUCCUUCCUCUCCAAUUGCACGCAGGCCAACAAGAUCCCUACGAAAAUGGUGUUAAUAAUGUGGCUCAGCGGGUUAAGGGGCGCCAUUGCCUUUGCCCUCGCCCUCAACAUGCCGCAGCGCAACCCUGCCAUCAUCUCCACCACUGUGCCCCCUGUCGGGUUAAGGGGCGCCAUUGCCUUUGCCCUCGCCCUCAACAUGCCGCAGCGCAACCCUGCCAUCAUCUCCACCACCCUCUUUGUCGUUGUGCUCACCACCGUCGUCAUGGGCGGCUCUACUUGUCCUCUUCUGCGCGCGCUGGGCCUCUCUGCCGCCCAUCCGCCCACUCUCAAACAUGCACGUGGCUCUCUGGCUGGGUCCUCUCAUGACGUCCCCCUUAUAGGCGGUCGCAGCCUCAACGACCUUCUAUACAUGCAGCGAUCGCACUCCCUCUCUCUUGGCCCCCCCUCCGGCCUCCACAAGUGGUUCAAAUGGCUCGACCAGCAUUACUUAAAGCCUCUGUUCGGCGGCAGAGCGUUUAGAGACCAGCACAUAUCCGAGCAGCUAAGUGUUGAUGAGGAGGAGGCAAUGGAGGGAAUCCCCUGCUUUUUCUACCGAGGAGUUGGAUUUUCACUAAGUGUGCCGAGAAACUGGAUAGAGGAGCUUCCAUCCGCGUUUGAAGACCAUGUGCUGGUGAAGUUUAGUGACUCGGAUGUGACUAUAGACGGCGAUCCUGUAGCAGAGCUCGACGUGAUCUGUUUCUCGGUCCGCCCGUCCGGAAUUUUGUCGCUGACCGAAUUCGGCGACCCGAUGAAUUUUCUGCUGACCGAGUGGGAUAAUAUCUGCCCGGAGCUUGCCGCUGGCGUGAGUGUGAGCAGCAAGGUUGGUAGCAGCAGUGGUGCGGGCAGCAGCAGAAGCAGCAGCAAGGCUGGUGGUGCAGGCACUAGUAAGCCUCUGGUUUUGGCUGAAGGGGUUAAGAGGUCUGUCUCGUUCUCGUUGCCUGAAGCAGCAUCAGUUGCUGCGCCGUUCCAGCCGCCCCCUGCUGCCCCCUCUUCUGCUACCACUAGUGCCACUGCAGCUGCGGCUAUGGGUGCUGCUACUGCUGCUACCACUGCUGGUGCUGCUGGUGCUGCUGCUGCUGCUGCUGCUGCUGCUGUUGAUUCAGUUACAGACACUGUCGAGAGUGGCAGCCACAUCAGAGGCGAAGCAACGUUCUCUUCUAUCUUUGGAAGCCCCACAUCACCACCCACCGACCCAUCAUCCUCUCACCCAUCCCACCAAUCCCCCUCCCAACGGCAAGGCUCAGGAAGAGAUCGGCUCUCUCAAUCUUCCAGUCAGAGAAGCGUCCCUUCUGGGGCGAGUGGUCGAGAGCAGACCUCCCAGGCUGCCCUCCCGUCCAUGCCCAGCCUUGCUCGGGCACGCUCACAAACUUCUCAUGCUGCCCGAGCAGCCCCAGCAUUUGUCAUCUGGGCAGAAGAAUUAAUUUCUGCUGGGGGGAAGUUUUUCCGGUAUGAGCUGGUGGUUCAUCCGGAGGACUUGGGGGAUCACAAGGCGGAUAUUCAGCACCUGCUGCUGUGUGCAGGGGUAUCAAACGGUGCUGUGCAUGUUUGCAGGGUGAGGGGCACGGAGGCCUUUUUCUUUGAUGGCAGGCCGCUGCUGAAACACAUCCUGGACUCGUUUGCCUUGUCCUGA